UUCGUAUGUAAAGCAAAUUGGAACUGCUCUGACGUGGAAGUGACAUUUUUUCACAAUUUCUUUCUCGUUUGUGAAAGAAAUUUAAACAGUUUUAUUAUUAAAAAUUGUUUAAAUAAAUAGUGGGUGUGUGUGUUGAAAAGUACACUUUCAUUGUACAUUAUUUUUUUAAUAAUAAUAACUAAUUUCUGGUGGUAUUAUAAGCUGCCAAAUCCACUCGUAUUUGCCAACAAAGUGCAGUGCAUUCGGUGAGAAAGUUCAAGUUUUUUUUUCACUGACCCACUCUUCACCUUACAUUUACUUCCAACACUUGGCUCAGUAAAGUAAAUAAUUAAUUGUUAUAAAAAGUAACAAAAAAGAUAAGUAAAUAAAACAUGAAUCCAAACAUGUACGGUGCGCCGCCACAACAACAACAACAUGCUCCAGGCUGGCCGCCGGCACCACAACAACCAACGCAACCAAGUGCUGGACCACCACCACAAAUGGGAGCACCCGGUGUCGGCGCUUUUCCACCCAGCAAUGUGCCACCAACGUCAACAGUACCAACAAAUACAGGAUCAUUGGGCGCACUACCACCACAACAAAAUUAUGGACAAGGACAACAGCCGGGAUUACUUAAUGGCAACUACCAACAACAGUUAACAAAUUCAAUGAGUGGUCUCUCUGUGAAUGCGUUGAAGCAGCCUGCAGGUGUUCCUCCUCAAAGUAAUGCUCCAUAUACAAACGCAAAUAUGCCGGGCGCACCACCGCCAACCGUCGGAGGACUAGACGCUCCCCCAUUGUCAAAUGGGCCGCCAACACAUGUGCAAUCGCAACAACAACUUUCAAAUGCUAACAACAACUUCAUGCCGGGACCGCCAUAUUCAAACGGGCAGACAGCUAAGCCACCACAGCCCCAACAGCCGCAAGUGCCCGCUUCCAUGUAUCCACCAGCACCAAAUUCGGCGACACCGCCUAUGCAAUCGGUGGCCGGUGGACAUAAUCAGAUGACGGUGAACAGCGCAAACAUACCCGGAUUGCCGCAUAUGCCGCCAAAAACGAUUAAUAUGCCAGGGCAACCUCCCGUUUCCGCUACACCCGCCACAUCAACUGCAGGCGGAAUGCCACAAUACCAGCAACCAGGCUCACAGCUGAUAGGACCACCACGACCUGGUCAAAUUCCACCCCAACCCAUGUCGCAGCCACUUGGACCACCACAAUCACAACAGCCGCAACAACAACAACAACAACCAGCAAUGUUAUCUGGUCAUCCAGGUUUGCCUCCAACUCCGGGAGCACCAACAAUGCCUGCUCAACCCGGCAUGCCACCAAUGCCAGGUUAUCCACCACAACCACAACAGCAACAGCAAGGAUAUCCACCACAGUCGCAACAGCAACCUGGUUAUCCACCACAGCCACAGCAUCAACCCGGUUAUCCUCCACAACAACCUGGCUUUCCUGCGCAGCAACAGCAGCCUGGUUAUCCACCACAACCUGGUUAUCCUCCGCAGCAGCCAGGCUACCCUGGACAAAUGAUGCCCCCACAGCAACCCGGCCAACCGCCAAUGCCCGGCCGCCCAGGCUUCAAUCAACCACCAGCACCAGCACCAGGCGGCAUGUAUCAACAGCCACAACAGUAUCCACAAGCUCAACGCCGUCUCGAUCCCGAUCAGAUGCCAAAUCCCAUAAGUGUUAUUAUUGAAAAUCAACGUAAUGCCGGUGGUGCCUUUGUCACCAAUCAAGCAGGUCUACUACCGCCACUGGUAACCACUAAAUAUGUAGUCCAGGAUCAGGGCAAUUCAUCGCCACGUUAUGUCAGAUCCUCUUUAUAUUGCAUACCUGCAACUGCUGAUUUAAUGAAGUCAACAGCUUUGCCAUUUACCUUGAUUGUCUCACCCAUGGCCCGCACCGUUGAGGGUGAAUAUGAGCCACCCAUUGUCAACUUUGGUGAAUUGGGUCCCAUUCGAUGCAAUCGCUGCAAGGCAUAUAUGUCGCCGAACAUGCAAUUUGUCGAUGCUGGUCGCCGCUUCCAAUGUCUUAUGUGCAAAGUGACCACAGAGGUGCCAACUGAAUAUUUCCAACAUUUGGAUCACACUGGUCAACGUGUCGAUAAGUAUGAGCGUCCCGAACUGGUUUUGGGCACAUAUGAAUUUUUGGCCACCAAGGACUAUUGUCGUAACAAUAUGCCACCUGAAAUACCAGCAUUUGUUUUUGUCAUCGAUGUCUCUUACAAUACCAUCAAAUCGGGCUUAGUGCAUCUUCUCUGCUCGCAGAUCAAAGAGGUCCUCAAGAACUUGCCCGUUGACCAGGGUCAGGAUAAAUCAAAAAUGCGUGUAGGUUUCAUUACCUACAACAGUACAGUACAUUUUUAUAACAUUAAAAGUAGUUUGGCACAGCCACAAAUGAUGGUGGUCGGCGAUGUGCAGGACAUGUUUAUGCCACUACUCGACGGUUUUCUCUGCCAUCCCGAAGAGUCUGAAGCGCUGAUUGACGCCUUAAUGGAACAAAUUCCGAAAAUGUUUGUCGACACGAAGGAAACAGAAACUGUGCUCUAUCCAGCCAUACAAGCGGGCUUGGAAGCAUUGAAAGCUUCAAAUUGUGCCGGUAAAUUAUUGGUUUUCAAUUCAACGCUUCCAAUCGCUGAGGGACGAGGCAAAUUGAAGAAUCGUGAUGAUCGUAAAUUACUCGGUACUGAUAAGGAGAAAACUGUACUCACGCCACAAUGUGUUUCAUACAAUCAAUUGGGCCAGGAAUGUGUACAGAAUGGUGUGUCUGUUGAUUUGUUCUUAUUCAAUAAUUCAUACAUCGAUAUCGCAACACUGGGACAGGUAUCACGUAUGAGUGGCGGUGAGGUCUACAAAUACACAUACUUCCAAGCUGACCUGGAUGGCAAACGUUUGAUUGAGGAUAUAAUUAAGAAUGUAUCACGCCCAAUUGCAUUCGAUGCCGUUAUGCGUGUGCGCACUUCGGCAGGCAUACGCCCAACUGAUUUCUACGGACAUUUCUUCAUGACAAACACAACCGAUGUUGAGCUGGCAAGUAUAGAUUGCGACAAGGCGGUCGCCAUCGAAAUUAAACACGACGACAAAUUGCCGCCUGAGGAGAAUAUUUAUCUGCAAAUCGCACUGCUCUACACAUCGGUUAGUGGCCAACGGCGCUUGCGUGUUUUGAAUUUGGCAUUACGCGCCACCACCACUGUAGCGGAUAUCUUUAAGAGUUGCGAUUUGGAUGCCAUGAUGUUAUUCUUUGCUAAACAGGCCUGCACCAAAUUGCUUGAGCUCACACCGAAACAAGUCAAGGACAAUCUGAUUAAUCGUUCGGCACAGAUAUUGGCAUGCUAUCGUAAACAUUGUACUUCGCCCACAUCAGCUGGCCAACUUAUACUGCCCGAAUGUCUGAAACUAUUGCCGCUCUAUAUAUCAUGUUUGUUGAAGAACGACGCUAUAUCUGGUGGUGCCGAUAUGACACUCGACGAUCGCUCUUAUGUCAUGCAAUUUGUACAGGCUAUGGAUUUGAAUAUGUCCGUUAGCUUCUUCUAUCCACGUUUCAUUCCAAUUCAUAAUGUAGAUGUUGAUGACAACGAAUUACCCAUGUCCAUACGUUGUACGCACGAGAAGAUGAGCGAAGAUGGCGCUUACAUACUGGAGAAUGGUGUACAUCUCUUUGUUUGGUUGGGUCAAUCGUUGCCGCAGACAUUCAUACAACCAAUCUUCGGCGUACAGUGCACACAACAGGUGAAUGCGGAACGAUUUGCGAUUAUUGGCGAAACGCCAUUAGCUGAGCGUAUACGAAACAUUAUCGAUACAAUCAUGAUGGAGCGUACUAGGAAUAUGAGGGUGAAUUGCGUAAGGCAAAACGACAAAUUGGAAACUGUUUUCCGACAUUUCCUCAUCGAAGAUCGCGGUACAGAUGGCUCGCCCAGCUAUGUGGACUUCUUAUGUCAUAUGCAUAAGGAGAUUAAAGAUUUAUUAAGUUAGCUUGUAGGUUAUCAAAAAUGUAGCAGCUGUAAGAUGUCGCAUAGUGGGUAUAGAGACGGUACAAUAACUACAACAAAAACCGCAACAACAACAGCAACUGCAAGUAGCCCGCUAAUGUGCCGUAGUUAUUCACAGAAUCGGGCACGUUUGCAUAGGCUCUCGCGUAGAAGAUGGUAGAUUAUUAUGCUGAUUUACACAUGCAUACAUACAUACAUACAUACAAAUAUACAAAUAUAUAAUACUUGAACGCAUACGCAUACAAUAGACGGUUCCAUACAUUUAUUGCAAUUUCCCCCAUAUACUACAUACAUGCAUUACUAUAAAUACAAAAAUAUAAAGAAAUAAAUACUAACCACACUGUAGUGUAAUUGUGUCAAUUUGCUUGCUUAAAUAACAAUUGCUGAUUUGAAAUUUGCAUAAUCAUUUAAUAACCAAUUUUGCCUUGUCCAAUCAUUUGCUUGUGGUCUAUUAUUAUUAUUAUUAUUACUAUUCUUAUGAUUAUUUUGUGUAACUUAGGUCCAUUCAUACAUACAUACAUAUAUGUUGUGCAGAUUUUUACAAUAUCUAUCUAUUAUAAUUAUUUUAAAAAUGUAAAGAAAGAGAAGGAUUAUUAUCAUAUUUGCAAAAUAUACAUAUGUAUUCCGGAAACAUUCAAUAAAGUAUGUAGUUAUAAAUAAAUGAAUAAAUAAAUGUAUCGUGUGUAAGUAAUGGUAUGAAAUUAUGGUAUAAUGACAAUUAUUAAUGAAAUUAAAUUUUAAAUAUUUUCCAAAUUGGUUAUACAUACAUAUUAUUCACGCACUGUUAUGCUAUGCUAAUUGGAGUAAGUACGAAUGAUUGAAAUUCAGCUUAAACUGGUCAGAAAGUAAGCCAUCUGUAAAGGCAAAAUUAAAUACAUCACUUCAAAAAGUUAUCUAGGUUUUAGUAAAAAAAAA